AUGAUUCGCGCAGUCAGUCAUUCCCGCCAGUCCGUCGGGCCAUGCAUACAGGCACAGCGUUCCCAUUCAAUCCAUAAUCAGGUGAUUCUUAAGGACAGUGUGGACCCUCCGGACCUCCCGAACCAGGAACAUCAAGGCCUUGAGAAGAAUAUCGGCAAUGAUGAGAGAGGAAAUGAUGAAUCUCUCCAGGCCCGCAUUGAGAGACUCGGCAGGGAGCGCCCCAAGGUCUUCCGCUCUAUGUGGGCAGAGAUUGCUUUUGUUUUCUCAAUAUGCAAUUCACAGAUCAUAACAGAGUUCUUCGUAUCUGGAUUUACGGUUAUCCUCCCGACGUUGAUCCAAGAGCUUGAUAUCCCUCAAACGUCGUCAGUGUGGCCCGCGACAGCGUUUUCUUUGGCAAUCGCCUCCACUCUGCUUUUCUUUGGCAGAUUGGGAGACAUGUACGGUGGCUACCCCGUCUACGUUUGUGGUAUGAUAUGGUUGGCCGUGUGGUCUCUCAUUGCAGGCUUCUCUACAAGCCCAUUAAUGCUUGACUUUUGCCGGGCGUUGCAAGGCCUCGGAGCAGCUGCCUACCUUCCAAAUGGAGUCCUCCUUAUGGGAAGCAUCUACCGGCCAGGACCACGAAAGAACCUAGUGUUUAGUAUAUUCGGAGCUUCUGCUGUAGCCGGCUUCUUCGUUGGUAUAUUCUUUGCUGGUGUGGUUGGCCAGUACACUCGUUGGGGAUGGUAUUUCUGGAUUGGAAGUUUGCUCGCAGCUAUCACGGCUGUAAGCUCUGUGUUUUCAAUCCCGUCCGACUCGGCUGCAAGGAGAAAGAACGGUAUCACGAUGGAUUGGCUGGGCUCUGUACUUAUGGUAUCUGGGCUCACUUUGACUGUCUACGCUAUUACCGACAGUUCGCACUCCCCGCACGGUUGGAAGACGCCGUACAUUCCGACAUUGCUGAUUGUUGGCUGCUUGCUCACCGUAGCAGCAGUAUAUGUUGAAGGCUGGGUUGCGAAACUGCCACUCCUUCCGUUUGACGUCUUCGCCAUUCCGAGCAUGAAACCCCUGACGCUUGCCUUACUUCUGAACUAUGGAACGCUAGGCAUAUAUCUUCUAUAUGUUACUCAAUAUUUCCAGAUUUUUAUGGGAGCAACACCACUCCAAGUGGUAGCUUGGUACACACCCAUGAUCCUCGGCGGUUUGAUCCUGUCGACGGCUGGAGGAUUCGUGCUUCAUCUGAUUCCAGGAAAGGCUCUUCUGGUGUUCUCAGGCGCCGGCUGGAUCGGUGCGUUGUUACUUUUCGCUCUGGCUCCGCUGGGAGCAAGUUAUUGGGCCUUUACAUUUCCAAGUACGAUAUUUGCUACGAUUGGCAUCGACAUCACUUUCAACAUAGCCAACAUAUUCAUAACGACCCAAAUGCCGGGUGAAAGACAAGGACUGGCUGGGGGUCUCAUCAACAGCAUCCUGCAUUUAGGCAUCACUUUCUGUCUCGGCUUUUCAGACAUCAUCCAGGCGGAAACAAUAGAUAGGUUGGGACUGCUGAAAAGCUACAAAGCUAUAUUUUGGUUUGGUGUUGCCGAUGCCAGUAUUGCCUUAUUUCUCAUGACAUUCUUCGUGAAGAUUGAGAAAGCAAAAAGCGACCUGACUGCAGACGAGAAGCGAGAGUUGGAGCAGGCUGUACUCGAUGAGCGGCGUUCUAAUGCGCCCUAA